AUCAGUGAUCGGAUUGUGCCGGAAACGAUGACUCGCCUGAACUCCGAGCGGGUGUUGAAGGAGAACAAUACCCACGAUCCCAAUUCCAUUUCCGCUCUUCACCUCAAUCACAAAGCUCUUUCCGAUGUAUCGGUCUUGGCCGACUUCAAGAACUUGGAAAAGCUUGACCUUAAGCUCAACAACCUAACUUCCCUUGAGGGGUUGAGGUCUUGCGUCAAUUUGAAGUGGUUAUCUGUCGUGGAAAACAAAUUAGAAAGCUUAGAAGGAAUUCAAGGUCUCACUAAGCUCACUGUGUUGAAUGCGGGCAAAAAUAAGCUCAAGUCUAUGGAUCAGGUUAGGUCGCUUGUUGGCCUCAGAGCAGUGAUUUUGAAUGAUAAUGAGAUCGUCUCCAUUUGCAAGCUUGAUCAGAUCACAGACUUGAACACUCUUGUUCUGUCCAAAAAUCCUAUCCGUAAGUUUGGGGAUGCUCUUGCGAAAGUGAAAUCUAUUACUAAGCUUUCUCUCUCUUAUUGCCAGCUUGAGACUAUUGACUCCUCACUCGUGUCUUGUGUCGAUCUGAAGGAGCUCCGUCUCGCUCACAAUGAGAUCAAGAGUCUUCCAGAUGAAUUAGCUCAUAAUUCUAAGCUUCUGAAUUUGGACUUGGGCAAUAAUGUGAUCAUGAGAUACUCUGACCUAAAGGUGCUCAAAUCCCUGGUGAAUCUGAGAAAUCUCAAUCUUCUUGGAAAUCCUGUUGCUGCCAAUGAUAAAAUAGCAAGAAAGAUUAGGAAAGCAUUGCCAAAAUUGCAGAUAUUCAAUGCCAGACCAGUAGAUAAGCAUACCAAGAAGGAGGACAAUGACAGGGCUGAUGGAGGAGACUUUUUGGCAGGUUCUGAACGUGGAAAGGAUAAAAAUACAAGUACCUUCGAAAAGAAGGAUGUGAAACAUCAUCAGAUUGAUGAAGGAGAGGAUGUUCAUUUUGAAACCACAGGAAAGAAAUCAAGCAAGAAAAGGAAGAAAACGGUUGAUGUUGUCUCCGAGAAGGAUGCCUUGGUCAUUGAUGAUGAAAAUAUGGCUCAGAAUAAGGAUAAGAAACGUAAAAAUCCUGUCAUAGAGGGAAAGAAUGCUGGUUCUACUGACGCUGUUGAUAAUGACAGAGAGAACAAGUCUGUAAAGAAAAAGCUAAGAAACAAUGACAAGCCCCGAGAAGAGGGUGUGGCUUUUGAGGAGGAUGUUGCCAAGGUUGGUAAGAAACAGAAGAGACCAAAGAAUAGGAAACAAAGUGAUAUUGAUGUUAUUGAUGAUGCAGAAGCUUCAUUUGUGGAUCUUUUUAACGUCAGUGACGCAGAUGAUCUAGAACAGGGUGGCAAAAUAGAAGUUAAUGAAAAAGGGCUAAAGGAUGUGAAUUUGGUGAGUGACACAGUUCCCUCUGUGGGCAAGCGCAAGAGUUCUAAAAAGCGAAAUGUGGAGCCGCCAUCUCACCAGAUAUCUGAAAUUGGAAUGGGAGGGCCAUCAACCUGGGGUGAUGAGUAACAAUUAUCCGGAGUUAUGCCGAUGCUUCAUGAUGAGAAGUUGAAGACUGAACGAACUGUUAUGGUUCUGUUGGUCUUCCCAUUGCAUUCCCAUUUGCUCUUGAUGAGUUUACUUGUUCCUAUAUGAUAAUUAAGCACCUGACCAUUUUUGCCGUAAAUAAGGGCAAUAAUGAUGGGAGUGCCGUGAAACAAUGAGAGGUUUUGAACAGAGGGUCAAAUUUAAAUUGUAGUCUCUCUAACUGUUAUCCAAUAUAUGUUGUUAAAUUGAGUGGGUCAAAAUAGUUUUCUUUGGUGGGCAAAA